GAUUUUUAGUUAGUCACGGCUUUCCAUACUAGACCAACCAUAUGUAUGUAUAAUGAAAGAAAUAAGAAAUAUAAUACAUUGAAAUUUGAGGAAUGUAAGAUAGCAAAUAACGAAUUUGGAAUUACUUAUGUAGAGAUUAGUUGGAGCAAGAUCUCAAGCAAAGCAAUGAUUACUUUGAGUCCGAAACACUCUCAUUCUCGUGCAUGUACCGUAGUCGCAGUAACAUUGCUCCGAGAAUUCAUUCAGAAAAUCGUAUAUUUCAGAUUUUUUCACAUUAAACAUAUUUCGAAAAGAUUUCAGUCAGGCGAAGGCGUAUUAAAUAAUUCGAUUCUUAAAUUGCAAAAAUACUCUUAUUUUGAUUUCGCCAAUGUGUUCUGCAUGUCCACAAUAACAGCGACGAGAAGUACGCCUUGAUCUGGUGUUAAAUUGCCAAACGGUCAGUUAUUAAAAGUCGCAAGGGUUUGGUUGAGGCCGUCGGGAUUUUCUCGAAAAAAAAUCUUUGGAACUAUCGUUUUCAAACCAAACGGACUUACAUAUUUUCAACAAGAGCCUCUGUAUUUACUAGAGCUCAAGAAAACAUUAAGGCUUAACAUAAGCAGCAGCGACAGCGACGUUUUUACACCCACUCCAUCCUAAAAAGCAAGUAAUUUAAGGGCCGUGUAUAGUUGGAGUUAGCGGCGCCAAUAAAUAUGCGGGAAAUUGUACAUAUUCAGGCCGGGCAAUGUGGUAAUCAGAUUGGAGGAAAGUUUUGGGAAGUGAUAUCUGAUGAACACUGCAUCGAUGCCACUGGUACCUAUUAUGGCGAUAGCGACUUGCAGCUGGAACGCAUUAACGUCUACUAUAAUGAGGCGACAGGUGCCAAAUAUGUACCUCGAGCCAUUCUUGUCGACUUGGAACCGGGCACCAUGGAUUCGGUACGCUCUGGCGCCUUCGGGCAAAUCUUCCGACCAGAUAACUUUGUGUUCGGCCAAUCUGGCGCGGGCAACAACUGGGCCAAAGGCCAUUACACAGAAGGCGCUGAGUUAGUCGAUUCAGUUCUCGAUGUGGUAAGGAAAGAGUCUGAAGGAUGUGAUUGCCUACAGGGAUUUCAAUUAACGCAUUCUCUUGGUGGUGGUACCGGUUCCGGUAUGGGCACAUUGUUGAUUUCGAAAAUUCGGGAGGAGUAUCCCGACCGUAUUAUGAACACAUUUUCAGUUGUACCUUCACCUAAAGUGUCUGAUACUGUAGUGGAACCCUAUAAUGCCACACUCAGUGUGCACCAGCUGGUGGAAAAUACCGAUGAAACAUAUUGCAUCGACAACGAAGCUCUUUAUGACAUCUGCUUUCGCACACUCAAACUAACCACACCAACAUAUGGCGAUCUUAAUCAUUUGGUUUCGGCCACAAUGUCUGGUGUUACUACUUGCCUUCGCUUUCCUGGCCAGCUUAACGCAGAUCUUCGAAAGUUGGCUGUGAAUAUGGUGCCAUUUCCACGUUUGCACUUCUUCAUGCCUGGUUUUGCACCAUUAACAUCUCGUGGAUCUCAGCAGUAUCGUGCACUUACCGUGCCAGAGCUAACGCAACAAAUGUUCGACGCUAAGAAUAUGAUGGCUGCUUGUGACCCCCGUCAUGGUCGUUACUUAACUGUGGCAGCUAUCUUUAGGGGUCGUAUGUCUAUGAAGGAGGUUGACGAGCAAAUGUUGAAUAUCCAAAACAAAAAUAGCAGCUUUUUCGUGGAAUGGAUUCCAAAUAAUUGCAAAACCGCGGUGUGUGACAUUCCUCCCCGUGGUCUAAAGAUGUCGGCCACAUUCAUUGGUAACUCAACAGCCAUCCAGGAAUUAUUUAAAAGAGUUUCCGAACAAUUCACGGCAAUGUUUAGACGCAAAGCUUUCUUGCAUUGGUACACCGGAGAGGGCAUGGACGAGAUGGAGUUCACCGAGGCCGAAAGCAACAUGAAUGAUUUAGUUUCCGAAUACCAACAGUAUCAAGAAGCGACCGCCGAUGAGGAAGGCGAAUUCGACGAGGAUGAAGAAGGAGGUGGUGAUGAAUAACAGCUGGAUCAUAUUGACUGACAUGCAGAGAGUUGGCCAUAGGUCGUGAGUGAGGAGUUUUGAUAAAUUUUAACGCUGCGUCUUGUGCGCUCUAUAAUAGCAUACAUAUGUAUGUGUGUAAAUUUGGAUUGUGAUAUUAGUUUUUACUUUGCUCCUCAACAAGGAAAUUGUGUUCAUGAUAUUCGAUUCUAGUGCGAUUUAUUUUCCCUGAAAUCUUUUUGAAUAAUCUGUUUAUAUAAACGACUAAAAUACAUAUGAUUUACAUUUGGAUUGAAUGUACCAAAUUAGAAAGAUUGUUUGCAUACAUACAUACAUUUGUGCUCUAAUAUUGAAUCCUAUAGAAAGUUCCAAGCGAGCAACAAACAUUUGGGUACAUUCCUCCAUAGUUGUAUUUGUAGACAUUCGAGGAUACCUACACUGAGGGGAAAAAAAUCAAAAU